AACAUAGUUAAACUUAUCUUUUUGUGUGUGUAAAUUGGAUAAUCAUGUCUGGUCGUGGUAAAGGUGGCAAGGGACUUGGAAAAGGAGGCGCUAAGCGCCAUCGGAAGGUGCUUCGCGAUAACAUCCAAGGUAUUACCAAACCGGCUAUUCGUCGUUUGGCUCGUCGGGGCGGUGUCAAGCGUAUUUCUGGUUUGAUCUAUGAAGAGACCCGUGGCGUGUUGAAGGUGUUUUUGGAGAAUGUUAUCCGCGAUGCUGUUACUUACACAGAGCACGCUAAGCGUAAAACGGUUACAGCCAUGGAUGUGGUGUAUGCUCUGAAACGCCAGGGCCGCACUCUGUACGGGUUUGGUGGUUAGAGUUUGUCUUUUUUUCACAUCUAAUUAACAACGGCUCUUUUCAGAGCCACCCACGUUUUCACAGUAAGAGCUGUGUCAACUUAAUGAGCUCGGGAAGGAAGACUUUGCACAAGGAGAAAAUACUUUAUAGUAGAAGUUCUGGUCUAAGCAACAAGUUUGUCACUUUUAGAAAGACUGCGCAGAUACUUCUCUUAUUUCAGUGCCGAUUUAUGUAGAGAUGCGGGGUUGAAUCAUGAAGGUAUGAAAAUGGCAAGUAAAACUUAAAGGAAACACGUUGCAAACUUACUGGGCUCCUACCUUUUGUGUUAAUUCAUGUUUGGUUAGAAUAUCGAAGUAAUAGUUGUAAAGAAUUGUAACUUUGAUUAGCAGCAAACAGUUGCAGGAAAAUUAGUUGUACAUGGUGUCCUUAGAUGCGGUCUCUGGCUAGUUUCCCCAUCAGUCGCAGAGGCACAGGAACUUGGGUUUACGGGGAAGAGAGUCGAGCGCAUUUUCUAGAAAGCAGCAUAAUUAGGGAUAUUAAAAAAUUGUUAAUAUUUUGAGAGCGUGUAUUUUGUAAAAUAGUUAAAGGGGAUUAGUGA